UCACGUGACUCCUCCUUUGACCACGUGUUGUGCAAGGAAGACAUCUUACAAUGGCUGCCAACUCGCAGAAACUGCCUCAAAAAGAGAGCGGAAUAUUCAAGAAAGUGGUGCGUUCAUACGAGUGCAAGCAAUACAAGAAUGGGCUCAAGUUUGCUAAACAGAUACUGUCCAAUCCUAAGCAUUCAGACCAUGGAGAGACACUAGCAAUGAAAGGUCUUAUUCUCAAUUGUAUUGGUAAGAAGGAUGAUGCUUAUGAUUGCGUACGUCGAGGACUAAAGAAUGACCUAACCUCUCACGUCUGCUGGCAUGUGUAUGGUUUGCUACAGAGAUCAGAUAAGAAGUAUGAUGAGGCCAUUAAAGCUUAUAGGAAUGCACUGAAACAUGAUAAAGAGAAUGUUCAGAUUCUUCGUGAUCUUUCUCUUCUCCAAGUUCAAAUGAGAGACAUGGACGGAUUCUGUGAUACUCGGUACCAGCUGCUAAAGGUUCGUCCAGCCCAGAGGUCCUCUUGGGUUGGCUAUGCUCUAGCCUAUCAUAUGAACAAUGACUUUGAAAUGGCUCUCAAAGUAAUGGGAGAGUACAGGAAGACACAGGCACCUCCACAAAAACUCCCUGAUUAUGAGUUUAGUGAAAUGAUACUGUAUGAGGUCCAGCUCCUAAUGGAGAGUGGAGCUUAUAAAGAUGCUUUAAAGUUUCUUGAAGAUUUCCGCCACUACGUCUCAGACAUGCUGGCCUAUGCUGAAAUUAAAGGCGACAUUUUGCUAAGAGAUAAAAGAUUUGAAGAAGCCGAACUAAUAUUUCACGAUCUAAUUCAUCGCAAUCCUGAAAACCUCAUGUACUAUCAGAAACUAGAGGAAUGUCUUAAUAUCACGAGUGAUGAGAAUCGAAUGGAAUUGUACCGAGUACUAAAGGAAGAGUUUCCUCGGUCACAUGUCUGUCGUAAGGUCCCUCUUGGGUUUUUAAAGGGUCCUGCAUUUCGUGAUAUGAUUGAUCAGUACCUUCGGCCACCUCUUCAUAAAGGAGUUCCUUCGUUAUGGAUUGGAUUAAAGGCCUUGUAUGAGAAUAAAGAAAAGGCUCAAGUUAUUGAGGAAUUGGUCCUCCUUUAUGAAAAGAAUCUUCAAUCCUGUAACAAAUUCCAUCCGGAGGACCCAGAUCCUAUGGAACCUCCAUCUGCAAUCUUGUGGGUGUGGUUUUUCCUUGCACAACAUUUUGAUAGGUGUGGCGAUCACAGACGAGCACUUGAAUAUAUUGAUAAAUCUAUUGACCACACCCCCACUCACAUUGAACUAUACAUGCUGAAGAGUAAGAUUUAUAAGCAUGCUGGUGAUCUGGAGGAAGCAGCUCUGUGGAUGGAUGAAGCUCGCUCAAUGGACACAGCUGACAGAUUCGUUAAUUGUAAAUGUGUUAAAUAUUUAUUAAGAGUGAACAAGAUUGAUAGAGCUAUAGAAACUGCUGGACUGUUCACAAGAGAGGGUAUGCCUCCUCUUCAAACAAUGGAUGACAUGCAGUGUAUGUGGUUCCAGAAGGAGCUAGCGAGGGCCUACUGGAGGAGUGGCCAGUAUGGAGAAGCACUAGUCAAAUACCAUGAAAUAGAUAAACAUUUUGAUGAUAUUAUAGAGGACCAGUUUGACUUUCACACUUACUGCAUGAGGAAAAUGACCCUCAGACCCUAUGUGGGGGUACUACGAUUGGAAGAUCGUAUCCGUGGGCAUCGGUUUUACUUUGACUCCGCCCACGAUAUAAUAGAGUUGUAUUUGUAUCUUUAUGAUAAUCCUGAUGCCAAGAGAGCCAAGGACGCUCCAAUUGCUGAAGAGAUUGAGCAAGAUUUAAGUCAUCUUUCAGAGUCCGAGAGAAGGAAGAUCAAACGGAAGCAGAGGAAAGCUCUUGCAAAAGCAAAAGAGAAAGCAGCUGAACAAGAGAAGGAAAAAGAGAAAGAGAAUAAGCCUCGCCAUGACGACGACCGCAAAGCCGCGACCGACGAAAACAAAAUAAAAUUCAACCCAAAAGAACUUUUAAAUGUUGAGGAUCCGCUAAAUGAAGCUAAUAAAUUCUUAAAGCCGCUUCAGUCAAUGUGUACUGGAAAUAUUAGGACACACCUACUAGCUUACGCCAUUCAUUCUCGACGGAGAAAGUACCUGUUAAUGUUGCAGUCUUUGAAAAGAGCUUUUUCAUGUGAUCCAGAGAACCCGACACUUCAUUGUUAUAUCGUUGACUAUGUUCUCACGUUAGAGAAGGAGAGACCAGAGUUACCUGAUCCUGUUCACACUGUCAUUGAUGAUUGUAUACCGCGACUGACUGAUGGGGGGAAAUCCCCUGAUGAACUGAAUCAAUCCUUCAUUGCAAAACAUUCAAAUUCACUGGAACACUUAGUAGCAGCUGCUCAAGUACUUUAUAAGCUUCACCCAGACUACAGGACUAAAGCCAUCGCCAUGGUAACUAAUCUCUCCGACUCCCUGAUAGACAGAUCACUAAGAACGUGUCGAAACGUUCACAAGUUCUUAAGUUCUGGAUUUCUCGGUGAUUGUUCUGACGAGUUGGCAUCUUACUCUUCCCAGUGCCACGCCCUUUUUCCCUUUGCCUCUAGUUUCAAGCCGCCGGUUGAGGCAGGCAAAGAACUCGAAUCAAGCCCCGCCUCUCCUGGGGAUGCUCCGCCCUGUGUGGGCGUGGCUGGACGGAGCCCAGCCGCUCAAAAGGAAUCCUAGUUUUGCGAAUGUUUUAUUAUUAUUAUUAUUGUUAUUAUUAUUAUAAAUUUUGUUAAUAAAUGUUUUUUGUGAGUUUCUAUAAAAGUACUAGUAUAAAAAUAA